CGCGGUGGCGUCCGACCCCCAGGCGGGGGGCAGAGCCGUCGGCCCAACCCUCUCCUCCGGAGGUCCGUGCGCCUGGCCGUCCCUCGCCGCUGCCAUCCUCACCUAGGCAGCGAGGAAAAGAAGGACGCCACCCCCUCCCCCCAGGAAAGGCCGCCGGCAGACCCUCCCGGAGAAGCCGUCGGGGGCGGACGGUUCCCAGCGCCCCCCAAGCCAAGCAGAAGGAGGAAGAGGAGGAGGAGGAGGAGGAGGAGGAGGAGGGAAAGGGUUGCACCGUCCAUUCCGAUUUGGGAUUAUACCUGCAAGGACUCCAAAGAUGACACUCCUGGCUUCUGAACGAUCCAUGCUGAUCCGAAGCAAAUUCCGCUCCGUUCUGCAGCUGCGCAUGGAACACCGGAGGUCCCAAGAGCAGCUCUCCAAACGCCACUUACUCCCAGCACUCAACAAACCCCUUGCAAGUUUCUCGCAGCCCAAUGGGACCCAGGGCCAGAACAGGGCCAAUGAGAUUGCCAAGCUUAAAGUCUCGCCCCGGCCCCACAAGACCAGCGCUGCUAAGGGCCAGCUGUCAGAAGUGUCUCCGGGGGACCCUUCUGAGCUGCAGGACAAGAAGGCUCGCCUGGCCGAAGACCUGAGUGAGAAGAUCCUACACCGCCCUGGACCACUUGAGCUGGUGAAGAAAAACAUCCUCUCCUUGGAUCCAGGUAUCAAGGAUGCUAUGGCAGAUGCAACUCUCGCUGCUCCUGAUUCCUUCACCUUUGAGGAAGAUCUCAGUAGUUCUUCUUCUUCUUCCUCCUCCUCCUCCUCCUCCCCGUGCUUUGCACUGUCUCCUGGAAGUGCCCACCCUUCCACCACAGCGGCGGCCUUUCAGCUUGACCUCCCUCCGAUCCUGGAUCAACAGCUGCCUCCUGUGUCGUCAUCCACCUCUGAGGCUGAGUUCCCUCCCCAAGGGGGGAGCCCCCUUGCCAAGCCCUCCGUUUCACUCCUCAAGGCCCCAUCCAAGGUCCCUGAGGCCAGGAAGCCCCCGCGCCCCAAGAAGGCCAAGGAGCCGCGCCCCAAAGUGAAGAAGCUCAAGUACCACCAGUAUAUGCCGCCCGACCAGAAGGGGGAGCAGGCGCCGGUGCCCAUGGAUGCAGCCUAUGCCCGCGUCCUCCAGCAGCAACAGGUCUUCUUGCAGCUCCAGAUCAUGAGCCAGCAGCAGCCCACGCCGACGUCGCCAGCCACCUUCUGCGUCCGAGCCGUGCACGCUGUCCCAGCCAGCAGCGCUCCAGAGCAGGUCCUGAGCUUCGCUGGGACACCUGCACCACCAAGUGGGCCUCACCCGCUCCCUCUCCCCUCUCCAGCCACACCAACCUCCCCUUCGCCGCCCAAACCGGAACUGCUGCCUGCCAACCUGGAGGAGCUAACGGUCUCUGAACUCCGCCAGCAGCUCCGGAAGCGGGGCCUCCCUGUUUCUGGCACCAAGCCCGCCCUGCUGGAGCGCCUCAAGCCUUACCAGGUGGCCAGGGCCAAGCCCCCACCUGUCCCGCUCUCCAGCACCCGCUUGGCACCCUCCGACCUAGAGGAGGAGGCUCAGGCCCUGCGGGAGAAGCAGCGGGUGGCUGAGAGCCUGGCGCUGAAACUCCACCGGGAUCAGAAACACCACGACGACGACCUCCGAGUGGAGCUGGAGAUGCACAAACGGAUCAAGAACCGCCGCAAGGGAGCCCUACUGCCUCACAGCCAGCAGGGGGCACCUCCGCCCUACGUCCCCAAGAGAGAAUGCGCCAAGGAGGGAGGAGGCACAGAGGAUGGCUUCAUGGUUUUGUGCCCUGCCUCCUGUGAGCCAAUCAAUUCUGAUAUGGAGCUGCCCCUUGAAAUAACAGCCAGCCCCCCAGACCCAGCCCCAGGAACCCGUUCCCUGGAGGAGGAGCUCCAAGAAGCCAUCCAGAAAGCUCAGCUGGUGCCAAGCCAAUCGAUCGAAGAUAUCCUAGAGGAACCGCUGAUGUGUUCAGGUGACCUCCUUCAAGCACCUGCCUUGAACCCAGAAGUCCCUGAUCGAGUUGCCCCAUCCCCGCAAGAAGCGUCACCACCAAAGAAACCGCGGCCCAGCAGUGAACCUCCUUUGGUGACCUCUGCCAUCUUUGAUUUCCCCGGUCCCUACGACUUCCUCUCAACGGCCUCUUCUUCCUCUGCGUCGCUGGACUCACUGUCCUCUGUUUUCUCCCCUGACUCUCUGGAGAUGCCCCCAUCUCCCCCAGAUGCCUGGCAAGGAAACGGUGCCCGUGCUGGAUUUGACCCGGUCGAUUGGCUAGAGGCAUUAACCUCGGGCUCAGCUUCAGGCCUCGGCUCCACCAGUCCUGUUGGGGGCAGCAUCUUCUGCACGGACUUCUUUGAUUCAACCGACCUUGGCGUCAACCACAUGAUAGACCUAAUGGUGGAGCAGUGGUAGGUGGGGUGCUAGCAGCCCAUUCAGAGACCCCAAGGCCUGGAGGGAAAGGGGGAGAAUCCUCUGUGUACCCUGUAAGGCCUUGCCGGCACUGGGCACCACCUUGAAUGGGUGAGAAUGAGAGAGCAGUUUAACAUCAAGCAUUGUCACAGGUGGUUUUGUUUUGGUUCAUGCAAAGUCCAGUUGCUCUCUUAGAAGAAUUAAGCACCCUGAUGUUUGGGUUGUGUCAGCACCAGGCACCUCAUCUUCCAUCGCCUGACAGUCCCAGAAACCCUUUGCUGUCCUCAGUGAUAUCUCUAGCUUGAGAUGGAUGAAACCAAUAUUUGCAAGGACAGUGGUCCAGCCAGCCUGCUGCAUCGAGAUGGUUCAAGACAUCGAGGACCUUUACAAACGUUGGAGAUGAAUUAAAAUGUGUGCCUUUCUGCCAUGCCACCGUGAAGCAGUUCUAUUU